AUGUUCUCGUCUGAGCGGGAUAUAGGGAGAAGGGAGUAUAAUCUGGGACGCGAAUACUUUAAGCAGCAGAAGUACGCUGAGGCCGAGCAGCUGUUGCGACAGUCGGCUGAGCAGCGCGAGAGGGUGCUGGGCGCUGAAGAUGUCAACACGCUUUGGAGCAAGUACCGGCUAGCACUUACGCUUCACGAGCAGCAGAAGUAUGUCGAGGCCGAGCAGCUAUUGCGACAGCUAGUUCAGCAGAGGGAGAGGGUGCAGGGCGCAGAUCAUGAGGAUACCCUUGCUAGUAAAGAACUUCUGCAGAAGGUGGUACUUGCGAUAGCGCCGGCUGCCCCCACGAAGACCCUCGCAGACGUCGUGUCCGGCCGACUUAGCGAUUUCUUUGCUGACGGCAACCAAAGACGAACAGCAUACACCGACUCUGAGAUUCAGCAGGUCUCGCUCCUCUUAGGUCAACUCAAUCUGCAAUGGAGCAAGGUUCCGAGAACAUACAUGGUUCUUCGGACUAUCGGCUGUCUGGACCUCCUAGAUACCUUCAUCGACCUAGGCUUCUCCGACCACUGGUUCCCUGUGACUGAGCGAAGCCUUCCGCUAUGUCUUCGGCCCAGCAAGCGCUCACAGUUUGUGGCUGCCCAGGACUUAGUAAUAACUAAAUCUGUGGACCUUGAGAAGGCGGAGAAGGGCCAGCACUGCUUUUUCCGAGAACACGAGCCUUUGCCGCUCAAGAUGAAAGGGAUCCUUGGCUCUGGAGGCUUCGGGCAGGUUGACCGGGUUCUCAGCUUGAUCAGCUUCCGAGAGUAUGCACUAAAGCGAGUGUCGCGGAGCACUGCGUUUAGUGGACGAGGAACAGAACGCGUUAAACAGUUUAUCGCUGAGAUUAGGGCGUUAAAGCGUAUAAAGCACCACCACGUAGUAGAGUUUGUUGGGAGCUACACCGACCCAAAGUACAUGGGCCUGAUUAUGUCUCCCGUUGCUGACAUGGACCUGUCUACCUACCUCGCACGCGCUAACACAGCCAGACAUCGAGAGUUGCGUACCUUCUUUGGCUGUCUGGCUCGGGCGCUUGAGUUCUUGCACGAGCAAAGCAUCCGGCACAAAGAUAUUAAGCCUAGCAACAUCUUGGUGCAUGGCGGAAAUGUCCUGUAUACAGAUUUUGGGCUCGCAUUAGACUUUACCGACAAAGACGGCAGCACGACGGCUAGCAUGGUGAAUGGAAUGACGCCGAGGUAUUGUGCGCCUGAGGUGGCUAACUACGAACCUCGGAACACGUCGUCCGAUAUCUGGAGCCUAGUGGUUGUCUUUCUUGAGAUAGCAGCAGUGUUAAAGGAUAGAACAGUCGACUAUGUUUACAACUUCCUUAAAGAGCACGGUUCACGGCAGGCAUUUGUGCGCACGAAUCCUACUGGCACUAACGCUCUUAUUACGGAUCUUAAAGAAACAGGUAGUCCUACCGACAACGCAGCGCUUGUGUGGGUCAAGGACAUGGUCAUGUUACAGCAACAGCUGCGGCCUACGGCGGCGUCGCUGAUGGGAUCCAUCACUAGUGCGGGCCAGCAGGGGGGCGGAAACGAGGCUUUCUGCGGGAUAUGCUGCGUUUCGCGUGACGACGUCUUGAGCGGUUUUGACGAGCUAGAGAUAGCUGAUACUAAGUGA